UAUGAGAUCGUCGUUUUUGUAGUGAUCGAAGAAGCAUUAUAGCCAGACAGUCAGUCAGUCUGCAAUCGCUAUCUGAACGCGAAUGGUAUCAGUUAACAAUUCUUCACGACUUCCUAUAUUGUUUCCUAAUUCCUAUAUUGUUUCUCUUUUCGCGGCGAUUACUUAUUGACUACGGUACUUUCAAAGAUUCAAAACAGGAAGGCGAGUUUAAAAUAGGACUUGUUUGUUUGCAGCCGAAAAAAAUCUAACACAAGCUACGAACUAAGUAGCAUUUAAGAUUCACCAGAAUCAAUCGGCGGAAACUAGGAUCCACCAAGAAUCGCGACAACUAAAUUCGCCACAAUUUAAAAAUCUAAAUAAUUGUUAUUACAAGGGGAUAUGGCUCAAGUGUAUACAGGUGCAUUAGUCGUGGUGGAUGUGCUCCUGACGCUCUUGAAAAUUCUUUAUUGUAUUGGUGAAGCUAUAUAUAAAUUGUUCGUACCUACGAAAGAGAAAGACGUCACAGGUGAAAUUGUUUUGAUAACUGGGACUGGUCAUGGAAUUGGAAAGGAACUUGCUCUUAAAUAUGCCUCUUUGGGAGCUACAGUGGUGUGUUGGGACCUGAAUCAAGAAAUGAAUCAAGAAACAGUAGCAGAAAUUAAAAAAAUGGGUGGAACAUCUGCUUACGCUUACAAAUGUGACGUCACGGAUAGAGAAGAAGUAUUAAGAGUUGCCGAAAGGGUUAAAGAAGAAGUAGGAAACGUUACAAUACUAAUUAACAAUGCCGGUAUAAUGCCUUGCCACUCAUUUUUGGAUUACACACCAGAAGAAAUUAGAAAAAUAUUUGACGUCAAUGUCUUGGCUCACUUUUGGGUAUUGCAGGCCUUCUUACCAAACAUGAUCACAAAAAAUCAUGGUCACAUAGUGGCACUUUCCUCAAUGGCUGGAAUAGUUGGACUGACUAACUUGGUACCGUAUUGUGCAUCGAAAUUUGCAGUUCGAGGUUUCAUGGAAGCCCUCAGCGAAGAACUUCGAGAAUACUCUAAGGGAAAAAACUUGAACAUAAACUUUACGACUAUUUAUCCGUACAUGGUGGAUACUGGUCUCUGUAAGAAGCCUAAGAUAAAGUUCACGAACAUCUUGGCGAUGCUUUCACCGAAAAAGACUGUUGAUCUAAUAGUAAGAGCACAAAGAAAGAACUAUUCAAACAUAUCCAUCCCUAGAGCCUUGCUCCCAUUAAACACAAUGUUUAGAAAUUUGCCUGAAAAAUCAUUAACUCAUAUAACAGAUUUCAUUGAUAGUGGCAUUGAAGUAUCGAAUUAAUGGAAUGUUGAUAAUUAUAAUGAAUUUUUCUUACGAUAAAAUUAUUCAUUAUGUUAGUAAAUUAUAAAUAUUAUUGUAUAUCAUACAUGUUUGUAUCAAUCGAAUAAUUUUUAACGUUGUAAUAGACAUUAUGUGAAAAAAUUGAUGUAUUAUUAACUAUUAAUCUAAAAAUUUAACAAAUGCGAGAGAUUCAUUAUUAUCAUGUAAGUUAGAAAUAGGUAUAUAAAUUUAUGUGUUAGGAUAAAAUAAUUUUUACCUUAUAAUUAUUUUAAUACAUGUAUUUUCGUGUAUAUGCACAGUUUGUCAUUGAAUAGGAAAAUACGCUGUGCUCUAUUCUAUUUGCUAUAACUAAUUAUUAUAAAACUAACAAUCAUGAAAUGUAUAUUUUGUGUUGAAGGUUUGUUAAUUACAAAUAAGUUUACAAUCUAUUCGUGAAUAUGCAUUACAUAUAUAAUGAUAGAGAUACUUAAAAUAAAUUAAUUAUUCUCUAUAUUUUAUAUAAAAAUGGAAAUAUCUAUUGAAGACUACAUUUGAGAGACGCAACUUUCAAACUUUAUCGAUAAUUGUAGUUACAAAUGCCAUCUGAGGUAAAAAAAAUUUUUUUUUUUUAAUUCUGUAAUAAGUAUUUGUAUGUAAAAGAUUAUUAUGUCAAAUAUAUACAUUGGAGGUCGAGAAGAACCUGUGGGCAGAUUAUUAUUAUUAUAUAUCAUAUAUACUCAUAUAUGAGACAUAUACUGCUAUUUGUUGUCAAAAAAUAUCGGAAAUAUAUCAUUUGUUGGUUAUA